CUGACUGCUUCACUGCAGUAACUGCACCACAGUCCACCGGGGACAGUCUCUUCACGACUUCACCAAAAACUAACUGCAGAGAGAGAGAAGGGAGAGAGCGAAAUACAGAUGCAUCGAACGUUUCGAGCUUGGGAAGAAUGGCGGAGGUGAUAGAGGUCAUGGACAUCGACGACGACAACGGCAACAUCAAUUCCGCCAAGCAUAACCUCAAGGGUAAGAGCGUCUUGGAUUCAGCUGCUCCACCGGACGCUAGAGCCACCCCCUGGGUCGAGAAAUAUCGCCCCCAGUCUCUCGACGACGUCGCCGCUCACCGUGACAUUGUUGAGACCAGGGAAAGCCUGCCGUAAAAUUGGUUCUACUGGAUGAAGCAGAUGCCAUCAUGACUAAGGAUGCACAAUUUGCCCUUCGUAGAGUAAUUGAGAAAUACACCAAAAGCAAUAGAUUUGCUUUAAUUUGCAACAAUGUCAAUAAAAUUAUUCCAGCACUGCAAUCAAGAUGUACACGGUUCUGCUUUGCCCCCCUUGAUGCUGUUCAUGUCAGGGAGAGGCUCAAGCAUGUAAUUGAAUCUGAAGGGCUUGAUGUUCCAGAAAAUGGUAUGACAGCUCUUGUAAAGCUUAGUAAUGGUGAUAUGAGAAAAGCUUUGAAUAUUUUACAGUCAACACAUAUGGCCUGCCAGCUGAUCACGGAAGAAGCUGUUUACUUGUGCACUGGGAAUCCGUUGCCUAAAGACAUUGAGCAGAUUUCCCAUUGGCUCCUGAAUGAGCCAUUCACAGUUAGCAGCAAAAGAAUCUCUGAUAUGAAGACCAGAAAAGGGUUGGCUCUGGUUGAUAUCGUGAGAGAAGUUACCAUGUUUGUUUUUAAGAUUAAGAUGCCACCAGCUGUCCGUGUUCAACUUAUUGAUGAUAUGGCUGAUAUCGAAUAUAGGUUGAGCAUGGCAUGCAAUGACAAGCUGCAGCUGGGGUCAUUAAUUGCUGCUUUUACACGAGCUAGAGGUUCGAUAGUUGCUGCUACAAAAUGACGAUCAUGUCUUGACGAGUUUUUCUUAGUGUGGUACUCAUUCCAUGUACUACCGUACAGUAACAACUAACUCCAUUUUGUAGUUUGAUUGAUUGCACUGUAUAUUUUUCUACUUGAGAGAUGUGAACUUUAUCUUGUAUCUUUGAUAGGCUUAUAUCAAUUGUCUUAACACUUAUAGCUUCCAUUUUAUCCAUUCUUGAGACUCAUAGCAUCCAUAUUACCCAAUAUCCGAGUGAAGAAAAAAUAGUUGAAUUGACCUGGGCAACAGUGUACGAACUCGUAUAAGGAAAAAUAUGCGUGUAUACUUUUGCAAGUUGUGAAUUAUGCUUGAUAUUGACAA